GCGCCGAGUGACGUCAAAAAAGUGCGCGCUCGCAGAACUGAAUACAGGGGGAAUUUGAAUCUGACUAUCUGGAGCAUGGGGCUGUUUCCAAACUCCCUGACGGAGGAGGAAGAGACACUGCAGAAGAAAUACGCGAAAUUAAAGAAAAAGAAAAAAGCUCUCCAGGCAUUAAAGAAGCAGAGCUCCAGCAAUCAGACGAGUCAGGCUGGACUGAAACGCACCUUGUCAGAUCAGCCUGUGGUGGACACGGCGACGGCCACCGAGCAGGCCAAGAUGCUCAUCAAAUCCGGCGCCAUAAGUGCCAUCAAAUCAGAGAACAAGAACUCCGGGUUCAAGCGAUCACGAACACUUGAGGGGAAGUUAAAGGAUCCUGAGAAAGGUCCGGGUCUGUCAUUCCUGCCGUUCCAGAGAAGCGUCUCUACAGACGAGGAGCUUUCUGAGUCGGCCAAAAGAAUCCACAGGAAGGCUCUGUAUGAGAGCUUUGUCGGCCCAUCUGACCGCUCACGUGAUGACGAGGAAGGUUCAGGAGGAGGAGGUGGAGGAGGAGAAGCAGCAGCAGCAGCAGUAGGAGGAGGAGGAGCAGGAGGAGGAGCAGGAGCAGGAGGAGGAGCAGGAGCAGCGCCUAGCCGAGAUUUUGAACGUGAACGAGACAGAGAUCUGGAAAGAGACCGCAAUCGAGACAGGGAAAGGGACAGAGAGCGUGGCCGAGACAGAGAGCGAGAACGGGAGAGGAACAGAGACAGGAGCCGCGAACGUGACAGAGACAGAGAGCGCGACAGGGAAAGAGACAGAGACCGGGAACGUGACAGAGAGCGAGAUAGAGAUGGACCCUUCAGACGUACAGACUCGUACCCUGAGCGCAGAGGCAUGAGGAAAGGAAACACGGUGUACGUUUACGGCGCAGGCAUGGUGGAGGAGAGCCUGCGCACAGCUUUCUCUCAGCAUGGCACCAUCAUCGACCUGUCCAUGGACUCGCCACGCAACUGUGCUUUUGUCACCUUUGAGAAGAUGGAGUCGGCCGAUCAGGCUGUAGUAGAGCUGAACAACACCACGGUGGGCGAAGUCACCAUUAAAGUCAGCAUCGCUAGGAAGCAGCCCAUGCUGGACGCAGCUACGGGGAAAUCAGUCUGGGGAUCUCUGGCUGUGCAGAACAGCGCCAAGGGCUCGUACAGGGACAAGCGGAAUCAAGUCGUCUACAGCGACGAUUUCAUCUGAGCAGCUCUCUCCCUCUCCUUCUCUCAUACACACACACAAUACAUAGCCUUAUGUUCCUGUUUUUUUUUUUUCAUGCAAAUCACCAAGUUGUAAAAUUGGUUAAUUACAAUACUUUAAAAAACAUGUAGAGGAUGUGUUUAUAGUUCGUACUGUGCUUUGGUAUUACAGCGCUGAAUAAAGUGUGAACACGAUAUACGGUGCAGCUUUGUAAAUAAAAA